AUGCAAUUAAAAUGUGCAGAAUAUUUAAAAGAAGCUGUAUUUAUUUAUACAAAAAUAGGUUAACACAAAUAUAGAAUAAAUAAGAUUUUCAUUUAUGUCUAAAGCUUGUAAACAGAUUGCAUAAUUAUUACCUUUUUAAUCAAUGUGGCAUCUAUUACUUAAAUAAGAGAAUCUCUUUUUUUAUAUGUUGAUGCUUUAAUCAAUGUUUGGUUAAAAUAUCAAAAUGCUCUUAGAACUAAUAAUUGAAAGGUUUGCACCAAUUACAUAGUUUUAAAUAUAGUUCUUAAAUGCAUGCACAUUAGUAUUUUCAUAAGACACUUAUAUCUUAUCAGAUGUGAUUAAAAGUCAUCUUCCAAACAUAUAUAAAGAGUGUAUAACAUAGCUACAAUUCUUUAUCAAACAAAUACCUAAAAAUGAUUCUAAAGAAGGUUAGUCAGUUGCAGAAUAAAUAGCUUAAGCUUACAAAACUAUUUUAGGAAAUAUCCAUGAUUAUAAAGUUACCAUUGAACUAUAUACAAGUCUCUAAUAAAUUGUACAUAAAUGGCCUUUAAUACAUGAAAUAAAUCCCUUAAUUUUUCAUGAAGUUGAGGAAAUAAUUGCAAUGAGAACUCCAAGAAAUGUGGAGAUCUAAUUUUUUGAAGAACCAACUGAAUGUGAUAGUCCUACUAAAUCAAGUUCAAUUAGAAAAGAAAAUCAAAUAGUAGUGGAAUUAUAGAGAUGGCUCAGUAAAAUGAAUUAUCCUAUACCUGUUAUUUCUAAAAGAAUAGCUAGUAGUGUAAUUAAUUCAUAAAAUAUGUUUAAACUAAAGGAUAAUAUUGAGAUAAUGCUUUCAUUUAUCUAUUGUCCUUUAAAAUAUGAUCCUGCAAAUUGUGUAAAAUAUUAAAACUAUCUUAGUGGAUGAAAAUUGAUUUCAAUCAUAAAAUCAGUUUAAAAGAUAUACCAAAUCUUAAGGAUUGUUAUUCUUUAUAAGCCCCUGCUCAUAUUUAUCAUAUAAGAUCAAUUAGAUCAUUAUAGAGUUUAACUGAUGAAGAGAAUCAUUAAAUAAUUGCUAAAGUUAACCCAGCUUAUUUAUAAAUUGCUUGUAUAACUAUAUAUAUAUAUUGAUUUUUAGUUUCAUAUUUGGCUGAAUGUAUAAAUGAAGAUCAUUUAAAAAAUUGUAAUUUCAAUCAUUUAACUUAAUUAUUGAUAUUUUAUUUAGAAAAAGAAUAAGACAUUUCAAUAUACUUUUGUUUACAUUAUAAUAUUCCUUAUGCUUUUUUCUACUAUAUUAAUUAUGAUUAAUCCUCUACAUUUCUAAUUAAUCUCUUUUUAUAAAUUAAUUCUUUGGGUCAUAAUGUUACAGAACAUUAAUAAAAAUUGUAUGAUUAAGUAUGGACAUAUUUUAAAGCUGCUAAAUUGUUUGAAGAUAUUAUUAAUUUAUUAUUAAAUCCAAAAAAUAAAUAAGAUUUAUUAUUUAAAUGUUCAUAAAAUUUUAGAAAUAAUAAUAUGUUAGAAAGUUUCACUUUACAUCCAGAUUUUCAUUUAAAAGAAAAAGUGUAUUAGUAAAAUGAAAACAAUUUUAAUUUUACUAUUGAAGAAAAGAUUCAUUUAAAAUGGGAUAUAGAUUAACUUAAGCCAUUUGUUUAAAAGAAAACAAUAAAAUAAUUAUCAUUUUUCAAUAAAGUUUCAAAUAAGAUUUUACCACCAUCUAAUGAAAAACCAGCUUCAAUGAUGGAUGUUAUUAGAGUAGCUAUUUAAAAUGCUGAAAUAAUCAAUGAACCUCAUAAAAAAAGAUAAUCAAGAGCUACAAGAGAAAAAUUAAUAGUAUUAAGAAGUGCUUCAGUAAUGUUUGAUUUAGAUGAAUAAGAUUCUGUUAAAGAUCCUUUUGUUCCUUAUAAUUAUAAUCCUAAUCCUUUAGAAUUAAGAGUUGAAACCAAGGAGAGUAAUACUAAAUAUGAUUAGAAAUCAGUUUCAUUUAUAAAGGAUAGUCAUAAAAAUAUAUAGAAAAAGCAUUCAAGAAAUUUAUCAUUUUAAUUAUAUCCUUUAUCUCUAAAGGAUGUAACACUUGGUAAAUGGGAUCAUGAAUAAAAAUAAGAUUAAUAUUAAAUAGAAAAGUAUAUAAAAUUUAAUAAUUUAUUAGUUUAAUGAAGGAUGAACCAUUUUGUUAUAAUCUACUCUAGUUUUUAUCAAUAAUAAUAUAAUAAUUAAUCUUAGGAGAUCAUAAAUUAUUUUCUAAAACUCAUUGUAUGAAUAAUAGAUAAUAAUUGUUGGGAAUUAUUUUACUGGAUGAAAAUUGUAAAGUCUUUGAUAAUUUAAUGAAAGUAAUAUUUAAUUAUUAUUUAAGAUAUAUUUGUUUAAGAUUAAAUUAACUCCAUAUGUAAAAGAAAAUAGUUCAAUAAUAUGUGGAUAAUUAAUCAAUUUAAUAAUUAAAAAAAAACCAGAAUACAUGAAUUUCUAAGAUAAUGCUUAAACUUAUAUUGAUUAUUUAUGUAAAGUAAUCAUUAACUCAAUAUCAUGGAAAACAUCAACAACAUAAAUUAUUGAAUUGGAUAUAAGUAAAACCUUAUUAUGUGAAACACUUUAUUUAUUAAUUGAAUAUGGAAUGAGUAGAGGAUAAACAUAAUUACUUAAUAGAAUAACUACUACAACUUGGAGUUGUUUAAUUGAAAUUUGUAAAUAGUGUUUCCCUAUUAGACCUAAUUAAACAUUUUAAGGGAUAUUUAUAAAAUUAUUGAAAUUAAAUUUGGAAUUUGGAUCAGAAUUUAAUAUACAUACUAUAUUUAUGAAAUUAAAUUUAUUAAGUGUAAUUAAAUAAUUGGCAGAAUUAACAUAAUCAAAUUCAGUGUAAAAUAAGAAAUUUAAUUAUUUAAAUGAAUUUAUAAAGUCAAUUUGCAAUUUGAUAUCCAAAUUUAUUAAUAAAUAAUCUUCAAAAGAAUGUUUUAGAAUUAUAUAAAAUCUUGAUUCAUGGAAUUAACUUAAAUAAUAAUAUAAAAUUACAUCUCAUAAUCAUGCUAAUAGUUUUUAUAGUGUAGAUUCAAGAUUAAUUAAUAAUUCAACUCCAGCAACAAGUUAGAGUUUUACAAAAAUUAGAAUUCGAAAAUCUGCUCAUUCUUAACUAUCAAAAGAUUGA